AUGGAAGACGUUCGUGCACUCCUCUUUGAUGUGUUCGGCACUUGUGUCGAUUGGAGAACAACAGUGAUCAACGCCUUGGUCCAACAAUGCCGAAUGGCUUUGAUGAGAAGAUCAGCAAUCAUUACAAAUGAUGUUCGAGCCAAAGCGAGUGCGAUGAGCACUGAGGACUGGGGAGCAUUUGCCCAAGAAUGGAGAAGCAGCUAUUACACGUUCACCCGAUCUCUUGCAGCCGAUGCAUCUCUCAACUGGAAGACUGUGGACGACCAUCACCUCGAGUCUCUGCAUGAGUUAUUGGUCAAACAUGGUCUGGGUCGUGGAGAUGGCGACCUCGGCGGUCUCUGGAAUAAGGGAGAAGUCAAGGAGAUGAGUCUCAUUUGGCACAAGCUCGACCCUUGGCCUGAUACCGUUGCUGGCCUUGAGGCUUUGAACACGAAAUACGAGACUUGCACACUUUCUAAUGGAAACAUCGCUCUCCUCAAAGACAUGCAGCAACAUGCUGAUAUGCCUUUCAAACAUACAUACUCUUCUGAACUCUUCAACUCCUACAAGCCCAAUCCGGCCAUCUACCUGGGAGCUGCGAAGAGACUGGGCUUGGAGCCGAGUCAAUGCGUCAUGGUCGCAGCUCAUCUGGGUGAUCUUGAAGCAGCGAAGGGCUGUGGCUAUCGUACAAUAUACGUUGAGCGAUCUCAGGAAGAGGAGAAAGCGAAUGAAGAAAAGGCUGGAGAAAAGGGCUUUGUGGAUAUUUGGGUUGGAAUCAAUGAGAAUGGGUUCGUCAGUGCUGCAGAGAAGCUGGGAAUCAGCGUGUAA